UGCUUGUUGCCAUUUAAUUGGCUGUUAGCUCACACUGAGUUGUAUAGUUAUCAGUAAUUAUAUUCAGCAUGUUUUGCACAAGAAAUGUCAUCCAGAAAGGGCAAUCUUCUUCCACCGUCAAAUUAUACCACAAAGAUGUCAUGCUCCGAUAGUCCAUCUGGAAAUUCGUUUCUGGUCGACUCCUUGAUCCAUGGAAGGGCCGAGGGAAGUGGGCACUACUACCAAAACAGCGGAGUCUACUUGCAGCCGACCUCCGAAUAUUCUUACGGACUAUCUAACUGUGGCUAUUUUCCUGGACUCAAAAGGAGUGAGAACAAUUCCCAAAAUGUAAUACCCGCAUGUGGCCCAUAUCAAGGCAUGGAAGCAUGGCUGGAGACGUCUAGGUCCUGUCGCAUCGAACAGCCUAACAACCAAAUUACCCCACGGUCGUUCUCGCCCACCAUUAAAGAGGAAAACUCUUACUGCUUAUACGAGUCUGAGAAGUGCCCAAAAGAUACAGUUACAGAUGAUAUAUCGUACUCUCGACUGACACCAAACUCAUGCCCAUCCAGCAAUAAUAACGGCUGUGUUCCGGUGCCUGGUUACUUCCGCCUAUCUCAGACAUGCACCACAUCUAAAGGUUUUCCAGACAACCAGUCUAUAUCGCCUCACGUUGCUCCUCAAGAUACUACUCGAUUUGACAGCUCUCUUUCAGCCAUACCAGCAGAAACGAGCAGGGAAGAGAGCGAUGAGCCCUCCUCAUGCACCCCAUGCGCCCCGGGAAGAAACAAGGAGCUAAGGGGGUCCACCGGCACCGCUUCAUCUCCCGAACCACCGGACAGUCCAGAAAAGACGAUACAUGUUACUAAAGCAGGAGAUUCCAAAAAUGACAACACGGCUAACUGGCUGACAGCGAAGAGUGGCCGUAAGAAGCGUUGCCCCUACACCAAACAUCAGACUCUAGAGCUGGAGAAAGAGUUCCUCUUCAACAUGUACUUGACACGAGAGCGUCGCCUGGAGAUCAGCCGCAGCGUUCACCUCACGGACAGACAAGUCAAAAUAUGGUUUCAGAACCGUCGAAUGAAGCUGAAGAAGAUGAGUCGAGAAAACCGAAUCCGAGAGCUGUCGACCAACUUCAGUUUUUCAUGAAGCCUCUGGUUCCAGAUCUCUGGCGCCCUCCUUCAUCAGCUGCAGUGGUAGUCUUCUUACAACAAAGAGUCUCUGUAGGUGUGUGUGCAUACGUGACUUGUGCAAGAUACUAUUGAUAACUUAUUGUGUCUCGUAUACUGUUGAAGUUUUUAUCUGUUUAUGUAAAAUUUUAUUUGACAUCCCUGUCGUCAUAACAUGUCAUGGUUAUUUAUAAACUGUCAAGGGUACCUCACUGUAAAUGUAAGCGAGGGAAAUAUCGAAUGCUGAAGGUGUUUAUUGGAAUUUGUUGUAAAUAGCAUUCAGAAAAUAUUGUACAUUUAUUGUAUAUAACUACGAUAUUUGCAUGUUGUAAUAAUAACUAUAAUGAAACCAUAAAAAAGACAAAAAAAUAUUAAUAAUAAUACUUUUCUUCUUAAGUAUGAAAUAGUCAUGUAUUUGCUGUUCUAAGCAUAAGUGGAAAAUUCCGGUUCUUAAAAUGUAGAAAUGUGUAUAGUUAUAAACACGAUGCUUCAUAUUUUAUUUUAACAGCAUUUAAAGGCAAAAUCUUUCUGAAGACACAGGUCGAAACGUGAUGGACUCCUCUGCAAAUUCAUUAUACGUGGCAGAACUAAAUAAAGGCAUGUACGUAAAAAGUCGUUAUAGCCUACUUUAAACACUAAGUUCUUGUUAUUUGAAACACUCUUGAUUUCCGGAGAGUUUGGGGAAGUGUUGAUUGUAAUUUUGCUGACUGUAAAAGUAAAUGAUUUCUUUUAUCCUGUGUUAUCCAUGAAGGGUCAUGCUAAAAACAUCAUUCCAAUCAUUGCUAUCCCAAUUACCCAAUUCAAGUCCUGUCAACUUCAAAUUUGAUCCGAUGGACAUUGCAGUAUAUUUCUUUAAUAGCAAACAAAUUAUGUAUAGAUGACAAAAAUCACUGUCAUAAGUAAACGUUGGUAAAAUCACAUGUCAGAGUGGACAAAACUGAAUUUGUAUUGUACGUGUUUGCUUGUGCAACACAAUG